AUGGAUCUUUCGCAACGGGCGCUUCCGCGUCACACUCACCACCAACCGCCGCCGCCGCUUUCAAACCCAUCGCCAUCUCUUCAAGCGCACCAUUCUACGUAUAGUCCUGGUAGCGUCGCUUCCCAUCCGACUCUUCCUCUACCAGGAACACAUCCGCCACCCUCAGCCUUGACACCAGCCUCGGCCUCAACCUCACCAGCAUCCGUCUCUCAUCGACUACCCUCCGCGCCAGCUUCAAAUACUUCGAGACAUCCUCAUGGCGACUACCUUCCUGAUACAGAGGACCCAGACGCGUCGACGACACCUGUUGAUGGUGAGGAGCCUGCAAAGAAGAAGCAAAAGCGCAACAAGCCAACUCUCUCUUGCCAUGAAUGCGUUGAGCGCAAAACCAAGUGCGACAGAGGUCGACCUCACUGCCUUGCCUGCAUAAAACGACAGACAGAAUGCAGAUAUGCGCAUGUUGCUAAUCUACUUGAGGAAACCACCCGGUCUGCCGCCAAUGGCCGGCGCAUGACGAAACCACCCAAAAAGAAGUCUGGCUCAAGUGGAAAGUCCCCGAUCCCAAAUAUUGCCGAUAGAGGCAUAUCGAACGACCCAAGAGCAACCUCCCGGGGUGCUGUCGCACUCUCUAUUGGCCUCCUAUCCAAUGUCCCCUACUCCCUACCCUCUGCCAGCAACGUUUUCGGUAUUGGAUCUGAGCACCCUUUCGCCAACUACUGGACAUGUGAAGGAGGCUUAGCAGAGGUCAUUUCGGUCCUACCUGACAAGAUACAGGCUGAUAUACUACUCAGUCGCUACUUCGAGUGUGUUGACCCUGUGUAUCCCAUGAUACAUCGCCAAACGUUCUAUGCAGAUUACGAGCACUUCUGGCAGAUGAACCAGCAAGACAAGGGCGAUACAGAUCCUUCGUUCAUCGCAUUGAUAUUCGUCAUGCUGGCAUUAGGUACCCAGUUUGUAACAUCGACAACAUCAAAUACGGAGCGAAAGCAAACAGCCGAGUUCUAUGCCUCAGCGAGUAACCAGGCUUUACGUAUCGCCUCAUAUCUCAGCAGUGCAUCACUGCGCUCUAUCCAGGCCAUGGUCUUGAUCGUGUACUUCCUCAUCAACGACAACCAUGCUUCAGAUGGGUGGGCCUUUGCUGGCAUUCUGAUCCGACAGGCUUAUGCAAUGGGUCUGCAUAGAGAUCCAAAUAUUGUAACGCCGAAUGCCACUUUGUUCGAGAAGCAACAGCGCAGGAAGGUCUGGCAAGCCGUCCUGCUUCAAGAUACGUUCCUUACUGUCUUGCUCUCUCUACCACCCUCCGCGACACAUACGGACGUUUCCGUCGAAGACUUGCUGGAUGAUGGUUCGUCGAUUGCAAAUAGUGAUCCUACGGAUACAGCAUAUAUCAGGGGCUCAUGGACCUUGGCCAAUCUGGUUCAAGAGACUAUCUGUUCACCAAGAUCACUAGAUCUACCCAUUUGUUCGACGGCAAGACAUAAGUCGAAGCUGAUCGCCGACUUCCGAGCAGUUUAUCGAUCCUUCCCUGAUGUCUUCCGGUCAUGGGAUCCAGAUAGCAUCACAGCGCUUGCAAAAACAAAUAAGAGGGUUGUGCGCCAGACCCUGUUCUUGACAAGCAACUACUUCCAUAACCUGAUGCUGGUUCACGCUUCUGAAAGCCCUGACGUCCCUGUCAAUGUUCGUGGGACACUGGAGGCGGCGCAUGAUGCCAUCACUGCCUUCUUUCUCCUUUUCACUCUGCUUGAAAUUGAGGCACGCGUCUGGUGGGUUUUCAAUCAUCGGGCCUUCCUGGAAGCGCUGUGCAUCGGCAAUGUUUUAAAGGAGGCGGCACGCGAGCCAGGCGGCGCAGAUAUGAUGGCAAGGGAUCCUUUGCUCGUGAGGGCGAAGGCUGAUAUCACACGCAUGAUUUCCAUCAUGCAGGUCAUGGGCGAAGACUCUGAAGUCGCCAGAACACGAGUUCAGGUCUUGAGUGACUUUUUGAAUUAG